UAUAUGUGUAGCUUAUCUACUCAUGCAAUUACAAUCCCAUUCAAGAAACCCACCGGCUUGGUGGUUGUGGAUUCCUCAAAUUCCUGUUAUUGCAGUGAAGUUGGUUUGAAUCUGUCAGCCUUCUUUUAACUCAAUUUGGUGAGUUAGUUGGAGAGAAAGUUUUAGUGAAAUUUUACUACUUCUCAAAUGUAUAUUUUAUCCAUCUCUCUCUCUAUCUCUCUUUAAAACUCACUCAACUAGUUUAUUCAAGUGAAUGAUCAUCACAUCCAUGGUUAAGGCUUUGUUUGGCAAUGGCAGAGUUUGAAAGCACAGACAAUCUUGUCAUUGCUAGCAGAGUUCUAAGAACCACCUUACAAAAAUCAAGAGAUUUAACUUCUGCAAUCGACAAAACUGGCCCGAGAUUGGAAUCCAUAAGCCAAACACUACCAUCACUAGAAGAGGCUAUAAAAAGCAUUGCGCAAAAGUGUUCUCUUGUCGCGAUCAGAGGACACGUUGAUCGUGCUAUUGGCCCCGCUGCAGCUGUUCUAAAGGUUUUCGAUACAGUCAAUGGCCUCCAAGGAUCGCUGUCGUGUGAUCCCUCUUCUCAUCUCUUUCGCUAUCUUUCUUUAGUGAAACAGCUCGAAGAGGCACUUAAAUUUCUAAGCGGUAAUUGCGCAUUGGUGAUUCAGUGGUUAGAGGAUGUUGUGCAGUUCUUGAAAGACAAUACUGUUGAUGAUGAUUUUUACCUUUCGAAUGUGAGGAAGUUCUUGAAGAUUCUUGGAGAGUUACAAGCAAUGGAGGCACGGUCACGCCACGUUGGAGGUCCUCUGUUUGGUGCACUGGAAAAACUGGAAUGUGAAUUCAAACACAUUUUGAUGGAAAACAGUUUUCCAAUCCCUUUCUCAGAACAAGCCUGCGUUUCUUCACUGCCUCUGCCAGAACCUGUAAUUCAGAAAUUGCAGGCUAUCAUUGAGCGAUUAAACGCUAACAAUCGGAUUGAAAAGUGUGUGGCGAUUUAUGCUGAGGUUCGGAGUUCAAAUGCUAGGGCUACAAUGCAAGCUCUUGAUUUGGAUUACCUUGACAUUUCACUAUCUGAAUUUGAUAGAGUGCAAAGCAUAGAGGAUCACAUAGAUCAGUGGGAAAACCAUUUGGAAUUUGCUGUAAUGCACGUUUUUGAUAUCGAACACAGACUUUGCAGCGAUGUUUUUCACAAGGUUGGUUCGGAUGUUUGGAUGAGCUGCUUCGCAAAGAUUGCUGUCCAAUCCGGAAUCCAUAAUUUCAUCAAAUUUGGGAACAGUAUUACAAAGGGUAAGAAAGAUGCAAUCAAGCUGUUGAAGUUGUUGGACAUUUUUGCGGUUCUGAGCAAGCUGAGAUUGCAUUUCAACUAUUUGUUUGGUGGGAAAGCGUGUGUGGAAAUUCAGGAUCAGACGAGGGAUUUAAUCAAGAAAGUAGUAGAUGGGGCAUGCGAAAUUUUCUUGGAGCUUUCUUAUCAAGUGGAGUUACAAAGACAAUCCACGCCUCCCUCUGAUGGCAGUGUUCCAAGGCUGCUCAAUUUUGUCAUUGACUUCUGCAAUCAGCUGCUUGAGGAUGAUUACAGACUAAUCUUGAUUCAGGUUCUUGAGAUUCAUCAGAUUUGGAAUUACCAAAAUUUCGACAGUGAAAUUCUUUCAAAAGAGGUCUAUAAGAUAAUGAGCGCAAUUGAAUUGAACUUGGAGACAUGGUCGAAGACAUAUAAAGACUCAACCCUGUCCUGUCUUUUCAUGAUGAACGCGAAUUGGAACAUCUUCAAGAGCUUAAAAGGGACAAAUCUCGGUGACAUGAUGGGCGAUUCGUGGCUGAGACACCACGAGCAGGCAGUGGAGUAUUAUGCAACCGUCUACGUGAGACAAAGUUGGGGAAAGCUUCCUGCUCUAUUGAGUGAGGAGGGUAGUUUAGUCUUUUCCUCUAAUGAUUUGGUGAAGAAGAGACUCAAAUCAUUCAAUGAGGCAUUUGAUGAAAUCUAUAAGAAGCAAUCCAAUUGGGUUGUGUUAGAUAGAGGGUUGAGAGUGAAGAUAUGUGAACUUGUGGUUCGGAUUGUUGUUCCUGUUUAUGAGAGGUUUAUGAAGAGUUAUAUGCCUUGGGCUGAGCAAGGAACAAGCCCAACCAAGUAUGUGAAAUACACAGUGGAUAGUUUAGAGAGUAUGAUUAGGUCUAUGUUGCAAUCAAAACUAGGGAAGUAUGAUAGUAGUAGCACCAAAUGUAGACACUUGAUUGGUAAGAUCAAGAAUGUUGUCACCAAUCACUUUUCCUCGAGUCCUGCAGCUGCAUGAUUGUCUAAUUUGUCUGAUUAUCGUUAUACACAAAUGUACGAGUCUCACUUGUAUUUAUUUUUUUUUGUCUAGUCAUAAAAAUAUUUGUAAGAAAUCUGUUUAUGUAUAACAUUACUCUUGUAAUCAUUAACUUUACAUAGAGAAACUUGAAAUGUUCAUUCGUGGGUU